AUGAAGGGCAGAUAUGAUGGGAGAGUUCUCUCCAUCGUUUUCAGCACUCUUCUGCUGGGGCGGGCUAUUGCCGCCCGUGGACACACAGAAGUCAGAGUGGAACUGCAAAUGGAGAGAUGGGCAGCACGAGGCUCGUCUGUGCGUCUGCGGUGCGUGCACGACGUGCCUCCUCACUUGCUUGAUAAAGUCGUCUUCCUCCGCCACGGAACCAAGAUCUUCCAGUAUAUUAGGAACAGAAAACCUCCCUACAGAAACUUCACAACACCAGGCGCUGUUCUUAAUAUUGAGCUAGCAACUGAAAACUCCAUUAUCCUUCAAAAUUUGGACGUCGCAGCUAGCGGCAGCUACUCUUGCGAAGUGUCGCUUGACACACCUAUCUACACAAAGGCAUCUAGCGAGAAACAACUAACUGUUUUCCAUCCUCAAAAACAUCAUCCUCGUAUCGACUUCCCGACUCGGUACCUGAGCUUCGGUGAAACAUUAAAAGCUAACUGCACAACCGCGCCUGCGCUGCCGGCCCCGCAUAUAACAUGGUUUAUUAAUGGGAAAAAGAUGGAUGAAAUAGUUGCGCAUUCACACAAGUUCCAACCCAUGAGUGAACGAAAUGGAAGGAGAGGUCUUCAAAGACCGUAUGAACAAGAAUCUGAUCUCAGCACUCCGCCUCCAAUUCUUGGUCUAACUCACAUAUCUCAUGUCGCCACCAGACCUCCGGGUUGCCAUCUCAAUGAACAUCAGGUAAAUAUAUCACACUUGAUACAUAACGAUGAAACGAACAUGGUGUUGGGUGUUAGCCGCCAUAGAAGUCGAAGACCGAACCGAGGACGAGACUUAUACUUCACUGUUUCAGAACUUCAAUUAGUUGCAACAGGGAGACUAGAAGUAACUUGCGUCAGUACCAUACCUGAGUUUAGAAGCAUUGAGGACAAGUUUGCUGAUGUAAGAAACGACACAGUUAUAGUUGAUGUUAUAAGGCCCUCGACAUACACGCAACCAUCCACAAACAACACAUUGACUGGAGCGAGUACAUCAGAAGCUGCUAUAACGUCGUUAUCAUUAUUUUUGUAUAUUACUAUUACUAUCUUAAAGAUUAUUUGUUAG